AUGUCACCACGUAGUGAUAGAGAUUGGAUGUACAAAAGGUUAGAUCAUGGGUAUCUUAGCACAACAUAUCAUGCAUCCGUCAAAGGAUUUUUGGAUGUUGCUUUUUCUAAUGAAGCAACUGUUGAUGGGGAUUAUAUUAGAUGUCCUUGUUUUAAAUGCAAGAACAUGUAUUAUAAAACAAGAGGUGAUGUAGAGCUUCACUUGUUACAAAACGGUUUCACUCCUAAUUACACAACUUGGUGGGCACAUGGUGAAAGAAAUACGAUAUCUCAGCAUGAGGAAGAAUCUUCUAAUCCGAUGCAGGAUCCGAUGGAAGAUGAUGAUGAUGAUGUUAAUGGGUGUACACAAAUGUUGAUGUAUGUAAUGGAGGAACUCCCGAAUCCAAAUGCCAAGGGGUUCUAUGAUAUGUUGGAAGAUGCUGAUGAACCUUUGUGGGAUGGAUGUGAAAAUUAUUCAAAAUUACAAGCUGCAACAGAGUUGUUGCAUUGGAAGUCAGAAUACAAUAUAUCUGAGGCUGCUUAUGAUCACAUACUUCCUAUAAUUAAGCGGAUGCUACCCAAAGGUGAGAAACUAGUUGAGAACUUCUAUGAGACGAAGAAGCUUUUGAAAAUAAUUAGACUCCCAGAAAAAAAGAUCCAUGCUUGCAAAAACCAUUGCAUGAUAUUCUAUGGGGCAGAUUCUGAUUUGACUAAGUGUCGAGUGUGUGAUCAUGAUCGGUACAAGAGUGGCAAACUGCCUUAUUUGGUUAUGAGAUACUUGCCGAUUGCUCCUAGACUCCAAAGGUUGUAUUUGACAAAAAAGACGGCAAAGCAAAUGACAUGGCACUAUGAACAUCAAACGGAACCGGGUUUGAUGGUCCAUCCAAGUGAUGGUGAGGCUUGGAAGCAUUUCGACUCAAUGCAUCAAGAAUUUUCAAGUGAACCACGGAAUGUUCGCCUUAGGCUAUGCACCGAUGGGUUCAGUCCAAAUAACUCAAAUACAACCCCGUAUUCAUGUUGGCCUGUUUUCCUUUCAAUUUAUAACUUGCCUCCUUGGAUGUGCUUAAAAGAACCAUAUGUUCAAUUAAGCAUAGUUAUUCCUGGAAAAAAGAGCCCAGGUCAAAAUAUAGAUGUGUUUCUCAGGCCGCUAAUUGACGAUUAG